AGGGGAUAGCGCGGGAGCGCGCCCGCCGCGGCUCUUCUUGCCAGGCUGCCGAGCGGGCAGCACCAGCAGCAGAAGGAGAGGAGGAGGAAGAGCAAGAGAAAGAGCGUGGGUACCCUCUUGACCCUCUUCUCCCCGGGCGGAGGGGCCGCACCUUCCCGCAAAGCAGUGACAUAAAGACCUGUCAUACAGGGGAUAAGAAAGAAGGAAAAGUAAAAGGAUAGACCAUCUUGCUCAGAAGUUAUUUGUACAAAGGAUCAAUAUUUCAAGAUGCGCGAAGCGGAAGGGUCUGACUGACAAGCUGCCUUGAUACACUGUUAUUCUAACUAUGACUGGAUUGACUGAAAAUAGCCUCAAAGAGUUUCUUGUCUAUAUUUACAUAACUAUUGCAAGCUACCUAGUCUGGUGAAGUUGAACUUCAUUCUUCAAGUGUGAUUUACUCAGUACAACCUAAAAUCAUGAUGAAAAAGAAGAGCAUACCUGCAAGUAAACCUUUCUUGAUCCUCUUUCUGUGCCAAAUUAUUUCUGCAUUGGACGUACCUCUUGACUCAAAACUUCUAGAAGAAUUGUCGCAACCUCCUACGAUAACUCAUCAAUCUCCAAAAGAUUACAUUGUUGACCCUCGAGAGAAUAUUGUAAUACAGUGUGAAGCCAAAGGAAAGCCACCUCCUAGCUUCUCCUGGACACGAAAUGGAACUCAUUUUGAUAUAGAUAAAGAUGCACAGGUAACAAUGAAACCAAAUUCAGGGACCCUUGUCAUAAAUAUUAUGAAUGGUGGGAAGGCAGAAGCAUAUGAAGGAGUAUACCAGUGUACAGCAAGGAAUGAACGAGGAGCAGCCAUUUCCAACAAUAUUGUUAUAAGGCCUUCUAGAUCGCCUUUGUGGACCAAAGAAAAACUAGAACCAAAUCAGGUUCGCGAAGGUGAUUCACUAGUACUGCACUGCAGACCUCCUGUUGGCUUACCACCACCUAUAAUAUUUUGGAUGGAUAAUGCUUUCCAAAGGCUGCCUCAAAGUGAAAGAGUUUCCCAAGGUCUAAAUGGAGAUCUUUAUUUUUCUAAUGUACAACCAGAAGACACCCGGGAGGACUAUAUCUGCUAUGCAAGAUUUAAUCAUACACAAACUAUACAGCAGAAACAACCCAUUUCUGUAAAAGUCUUUUCAAUGGAUUCAUUGAAUGACACUAUAGCUGCUAAUUUGAGUGACACUGAUAUUUAUGGUGCAAAGCCAGCUACAGAGAGGCAGCCAGUUCUUCUAACACCAACAGGUAGCACGAGUACUAAAGUGGAACUCAGAGGAAAUGUGCUUUUGUUGGAGUGCAUUGCAGCAGGAUUACCCACACCGGUAAUCCGCUGGAUUAAAGAGGGUGGGGAACUGCCAGCCAACAGAACAUUUUUUGAAAACUUUAAGAAAACUCUCAAGAUUAUAGAUGUUUCUGAAGCUGACUCUGGGAACUACAAAUGUAUAGCAAGAAAUACACUGGGUUCAGUUCAUCAUGUCAUUUCAGUAACCGUGAAAGCUGCCCCAUACUGGAUAACAGCACCCAGAAACCUGGUCUUGUCUCCUGGAGAAGAUGGAACAUUGAUCUGCAGAGCUAAUGGCAACCCAAAGCCCAGUAUAAGCUGGUUAGCAAAUGGCGUUCCCAUAGCAAUUGCCCCAGAAGAUCCUAGCAGAAAGGUAGAUGGUGACACCAUUAUUUUCUCCCAUGUGCAAGAAAGAUCAAGUGCCGUCUAUCAGUGCAAUGCUUCUAAUGAAUAUGGAUACUUGCUAGCAAAUGCAUUUGUGAAUGUUCUGGCUGAACCACCGAGAAUCCUAACUCCUGCUAAUAAGCUAUAUCAAGUCAUCGCAGAUAGUCCUGCAUUGCUAGACUGUGCUUAUUUUGGGUCACCUAAGCCUGAAAUUGAAUGGUUUAAGGGAGUGAAAGGUAGCAUCUUGCGUGGAAAUGAAUACGUUUUCCAUGAUAACGGAACCUUGGAAAUUCCGGUGGCUCAGAAAGAUAGUACUGGUACAUACACAUGUGUAGCAAGGAAUGAAUUAGGAAAGAUACAAAAUGAGGUGCACUUGGAAAUUAAAGAUCCAACAAUGAUAAUUAAACAGCCAGAAUACAAAGUGGUUCAGAGAUAUGGCCAAGUUUCAUUUGAGUGUAUAAUAAAACAUGAUUCUACCUUACUACCAACAGUUAUGUGGUUGAAGGACAAUGAUGAACUUCCAGAUGAUGAAAGGUUUCUAGUUGGUAAAGACAACUUGACCAUUAUGAAUGUAACUGAUAAAGAUGAUGGAACAUACACUUGCAUAGUUAAUACUACUCUGGACAGUGUUUCAGCAAGUGCUGUGCUUACUGUUGUUGCUGCUCCCCCAACUCCAGCUAUCAUUUACGCUCGGCCAAAUCCACCCUUUGACUUGGAAUUGACAGGUCAGCUAGAAAGAAGCAUUGAACUUUCAUGGAUACCAGGAGAUGAAAACAACAGUCCCAUUACACACUUUGUAAUUGAAUAUGAAGAUGGGCUGCAUGAACCAGGAGUAUGGCAUUACCAGACGGAAGUUCCUGGAACUCAGACAACAGUACAGUUGAAGUUGUCUCCGUACGUCAACUACUCAUUCCGUGUGAUAGCUGUCAAUAAGAUUGGUAGAAGUCAGCCCAGUGAACCAUCUGAGCAGUACCUCACAAAAUCUGCAAGCCCUGAUGAAAAUCCUGCUAAUGUGCAAGGGAUAGGCUCAGAACCCGAUAAUUUGGUAAUAACAUGGGAGUCUUUAAAAGGUUUUCAGUCUAAUGGACCAGGACUUCAGUACAAAGUCAGUUGGCGCCAGAAGGAUGUUGAUGAUGAAUGGACAUCAGUUAUAGUUGCAAAUGUAUCUAAAUAUAUUGUGUCUGGUACACCAACUUUUGUUCCCUAUGAAAUAAAAGUACAAGCUUUAAAUGACCUGGGAUAUGCACCGGAGCCAUCAGAGGUGAUUGGACAUUCAGGGGAAGACUUGCCAAUGGUUGCUCCAGGCAAUGUGCAGGUUCAUGUUAUUAACAGCACAUUAGCAAAGGUGCAUUGGGACCCAGUUCCACUAAAAUCUGUCCGAGGACACCUCCAAGGGUAUAAAGUUUACUACUGGAAAGUGCAGAGUCUAUCCAGAAGGAGUAGGCGGCAUGUAGAAAAAAAGAUCUUGACUUUCAGGGGAAACAAGACUUUUGGAAUGUUACCAGGGCUGGAGCCCUAUAGUUCUUACAAGCUGAAUGUUAGAGUUGUUAAUGGUAAAGGAGAAGGACCAGCAAGCCCAGACAAAGUAUUUAAGACCCCUGAAGGAGUUCCUAGCUCACCCUCCUAUUUGAAGAUUACAAACCCAACAUUGGACUCUCUGACUCUGGAGUGGGGUUCACCUACCCAUCCAAAUGGUGUUUUGACAUCAUAUAUACUGAAGUUUCAGCCAAUCAACAACACACAUGAAUUGGGUCCCUUGGUAGAGAUAAGAAUUCCUGCCAACGAGAGCAGCUUGAUAUUAAAAAAUUUAAAUUACAGCACACGGUACAAGUUUUACUUUAACGCACAAACUUCAGUUGGAUCAGGAAGUCAGAUAACUGAGGAAGCAGUAACAAUUAUGGAUGAAGGUAAGAUGGCUGGUAUUCUCCGUCCUGCUGUAGGUGCAGGCAAAGGAUACUCAGAAAUCCUUUUUGCAACCUCCCCAGUCAUGCACACUGUCCGUCCAACAUUCUAUAAGGUUCAACCACUUUAUCCAAGGAUCAGAAAUGUUACAACAGCUGCCGCUGAGACCUAUGCCAAUAUCAGUUGGGAGUAUGAGGGACCAGAUCAUGCGAACUUUUAUGUUGAAUAUGGUGUAGCAGGCAGCAAAGAAGAUUGGAAAAAGGAAAUUGUAAAUGGUUCUCGAAGCUUCUUUGUCUUAAAGGGUUUAACACCAGGAACAGCAUAUAAAGUCCGGGUUGGUGCUGAGGGCCUGUCUGGUUUUAGGAGUUCAGAGGAUGUGUUUGAGACAGGUCCAGCAAUGGCGAGCCGGCAGGUAGAUAUCGCUACUCAAGGAUGGUUCAUUGGUCUUAUGUGUGCUGUUGCUCUUCUGAUCUUGAUUUUACUGAUUGUUUGCUUCAUAAGGAGGAAUAAGGGUGGCAAAUAUCCAGUGAAGGAAAAGGAGGAUGCACAUGCUGAUCCAGAAAUACAACCUAUGAAAGAAGAUGAUGGAACAUUUGGUGAAUACAGGUCCAUGUCUGCUUGGACAGGAAAGCAACUGGACAAGGAAAAGAAAAGAAAAGGUAGCUGUGCCAAUUCUUCUGAAGCAGACCCUGUCUGUACCAAAGCAAAGUCUGUGAGAUCUGACAGAUCCAACUUCUUCAGAAGGUCAGGGGAUCAAUACUCCAGCACCAGAUCAGAGACCUCCUACACCAGGAGGAGGGCUAGGCAGUCUUCAGAGCUGACAAGGGUUAGUUGUGUCUCUGCUUCUCUCUGCCGAGAGGAAAAGAGGUCAGACGAAUGGAAGUACAGGCAUGGCUCUAGACAUCAUGCUUCUGAGCAAGUGAUAAUGGGGUCGGAGAAGGGCUCAGAUUCUCAGGCAGGACAGCCAUCCCCUUUCCAGCAACCCCUCAGCUGCAACUCAGUUGGUGGCUCACUGGCAAGGCAGCAUUCUUCUCUCCAGCACUGGUGCAGCCAGACCCCAGACUGCAGCUCAGAUUCAGAAGACACUGAGAGCUCCUGCCACGAGAAGGUAAGACCUUCUACUGCUCCUCACUUCUCUGAAUCUGAAAAGAAUUCACUAAUGAAAUCUGUAAUUGUGCCUGAGCUAGCUACUGUCUUAAAGGAUGCUUUGACAGCAGCCAGACAAAGUAUAACAUCUGUGGCACAGGUUAGGUCCCAUUCAGUAAAGCAUCCCAGGAUACCAAUUACAGAAGUUCCAGUGGCUCCUUUAGAAGCAUCUGGGAGCAGUUCCCAGACUUUUGAGUCUGACCAUAUGGACAGCUUAAAAGAUCAAACAGCUUUUGGGAAGGAGAAACCUGAGCCUGACGAGGCCUUCUUGGAGUUUGAGUCAACCCCUGAAGAUGGGGAGGUGGCAUCUGAGUCCCCUACAGAAGAUAAAGAAGGACCAGAUCCUCUGCGUAAAUUUGACAUGGAGAAUCAGAAUUAUCUGUUCAAACACAUAAAGAGGGUGUUAAUGCUAAAAUCUUCCAAAUCUGAGUGUGCUUCAGAAGAACUGCUUAUCCCCUCUGAAGAAGGCAAGGUAGAUAAUGCACUUCCUAUCCAUUCAGCUGUGGAAGAUCUUGUCUGCAGGAUUUGGGGUAAUCCUGAGGCCAAGCAUGAAGCCCCAGCAGUACUUCAUAAACUCUAUCCUUUUCCAGGGGAUAAAGCUGCUUUGUGGGGGACCUUGCCUGAGGUAGACAGAGCAUUGGUUACUGGUGAUUCUGUACUGUCAGUGCCUGAUAAUAGAGAUGCACUCCCUAAAGAUCCUACUGACAAAAAGAUUGAGGAAGCAAUUAAAAGAUCUUUCAAGCUAGUUGCAGCUCAGCUUGGAGUAUCUAUCUACUGCACUUAUGCUUCUAAGGCUUUACUUAUAUGGUUGGAGGAAGAACGAGCCAGAUUCAAAAAGAAACGGUUCCCAUCUGCUACCAUGCAGAGGAAACGCAGGCUAUGUAAAAUUGCAGCUAAUUUUAUCCAUGAUGCAGCUGAGGAUUCUCUUAGACUCACUGUUAAAAAUAUGGCAUGCCUCACUGUAGCCUGGAGAGCUAUAUGGCUGCGUCCUUGGACCUCAUUGCUAGAUCUAAAAUGUAAACUGCUGUCUUUGCCAUACACAGGGGGCAAGCUAUUUGGUGAAUCCUUAGUCCAGAUCAUGAAGGAUUUCUCAGAACACAAAUACUCCUUGCAUCAGAUGAAAAAAAAGAGCUCUGUUGGAAGCUGUUCCUUUUCUUAUCCUCACAAGUGUCUGAGCUCCUUGCGUUCUCCUUCAAAGUUCAAAGGAGGGAAGGGAAAGUAUAAAAUCUCACAGUCAUUCCACGCCAAGUACAAAAAGACAUCUCACUCUCAGAGAGACACCAGACCAUCAAGAGGAACUUUCUAAGAACAUAGACAUGCUUCCUUCUUUCUCAGGAACUGAGAAGAGUGAAAGAUGGAAAUGUUUCAAUAUUUCUGGACAAGUAAGCCCAGUCCUCAGAAAAUUAGUUGUUUCAAAAUAAAAUUUAAACUAUUAAGUUGCUUAGAUCUUAAUGAAUAAUUAAUACGUUCUAGAGAAAUGACAGCUCUUAAUUUUAGGGGAGGUUUUUUCACAUUCCAUGAAUGGUGGUCUUGGAAUGGCUUGGAUUUGUUCACAGUUUUGCACUCCUCAACUUCAUCUAAGAGCAUACCUUCUGCAGCCAACAUCAGAUUUUUCUGCCAUAUCAAACUGAAUAAGGAAAUAAUGGUUUAGGAAAUGCAGAUGUUUCAAGAACCAUGGAAUGAUUGUGUACACUAUGGUCCUGUGACUGGAUUCCUUCACUUUUACAUAAUAAGGGAAAACAGUGCCUCUGUAGCAAACUGCAAUGAGAUAGUACAUUGUGGACAGUCAAUUCUUACACCAAGCAUCUGCAAGAAACAGAAUAAGUAAGACAGAUGUAUAUUUAUUUAAAUUAAAAUAAAAGAUUAUCUAGAGCUCCUGUUCAGGUGUAUGCAUCAGCCUAAUUUCCCUCCUGGUCCCUAAAUUGAGAGAAAUUAAGAAGUUAUAACAGCUACAGACCUAUGGGUUUAUAGGUAGGGAGAGACUGGAAGCUUGCAUUUUUUAGUUAACUACAAGGGGAGGACAAAAUUGCAGCAGUCUGCAGAAUGUUCUUAGGAAGACAAAACAGGACAAGGCAACUCCAAUAGUAGGACUGCUAGUGUGGUAACAAAGGAUGUUUGCACAUUUUGUUGAAUUAUUUUGCCUCUUUUCUUCAACAUUUUGACAUGCACAGUAUUUUUCCUAGAAAUUCUUGGAGAUGCUACAAGAGACUUUCUGGCAGAGAGUUUUGAGAUUGCUAGAUAAUGUAUUACUCUUCCUUCAUGUUCUGGGUUGAUUUACAAUGAGAAUAUGGUUUGUAACUGCAACUAUUUUUUUUCUCUUGUACUUAAGUUUUAGUGCAACUUGGGUGUGUUUCCAAAGGGACCUAGCCAUGAUUUGUGCCUCAGCACUGUAAUUCUAAGCUUGGUCCCUUCUAGCACAAGAGAUUAUCUCAGCGGGCUGCCUGAAAAACCUAAUAGUCCAAUUGGAUUUGGCACUAGUCUUGCUGUGUUCUAAAUUACACACAUGUGCUUUCUUUGACAGUUCUUAUUUUAAUUAUUGAGUAUCUGUGUGAUUGCUUUUUAAAUCAGUACUUGAUUUCCCUUCAUAUAAUUUUCUACCAGAAAUAGAAAGGGUGGAAAGUUGUUUAAAUUUCUCUCAAGCAGAUUUUUCUUUAAAAUUUUCACAAGGAGCAAGUCAGGUUCUUUGACUAACAACAAUUUUUUCAACACAUUGCCAUCUAAACUAGAGCUUAACCUCCCAGUUUUUCCAGCUUCUACCAGGAUUGAAGAGUGAGUAUUACAGAGAUGUUAAAGAAAAACUACUCAGAAGACUAAUAUAGAUGUGCUUAAGUCUUAGCUAAAUAAGAAAUAGUAAAAUGGUUUGAUGUCUGGAUUGAUACAUGUGCAUAAGUGUAUAGGGCAAGCAUUUGUCACCUGCACAGUCCUAACAAGUUAGAAGUGUGAGCAGAAACCUGUAAGGUGUUAGGGCAGAGAUUGCCCUGGAGGGUGCAGGGAAGCCCUAGUGAAAGGUACUUCUGUGGCUUUACAUGACUGCUUAUACUGAAACAUUUCUGGACUAUUGACCUGAGGGCACAGAAGAAGGAAUUUACUGCCAACAGUUUUCAUCUUCUGCAUCCUCUUUCUGCCUCCCAUAGCUCAGGAUGUUUUACCCAUUUUGUUUGGUUUAUGUUGCCUUUCAUAUGACAGUUAUGUUAUAAGGAAAAGUAGUAUAUUGCUAACUGUAUAUUGAGUCUUUUUGCAUGUCCAUGAAUGUGGCAAAGUUUAGUGGGAACUAGUUGCCUGCUGGACUGCAGAGGCAUCGUAAAACUGUCUUCCCCAUUCUGACUGGUUGCUGCAUGUACCCAUAUCUAAGGAAGAAAAAUUGAAAAGUUGAAAGAAGAAAGGAGAUUUCAAGGUACAUAUUUCUCUCGAUAACUGAUGAGCUUGUGAAAUGGAAGUACUUUUUUAAAAAAAUAAAUUUGUACUUUGCACUUAUAUUAUUGUUACCUUUGUACUUCUUAUCUCUCUUAACAAUUAGCUGCAAGUCUGAUAUUGUUCAUUACACUAAGAAGAAAAAGAAACAUGUAU